UCCCGCUGUGUCGCGGGCCGUACUCGGCCUGCCGUGGAACUCCUGCCCGCUGUCUGCGCCGCCGGGGCCAAGACCCGGGCGGCCCUGCAGUCCGGGAAAUGGAGUCUUUCAGCUUCAAGGAUGUGUCUGUGAAAUUUACCAAGGAGGAGUGGGCUUUGCUGAAUCCUUCUCAGAAGACUUUCUACAGAGAUGUAAUGCUGGAAACUUUCAGCAACUUCAACUGUAUAGGACACAAAUGGACAGACCUGAACAUGAAUGAUCAGCACAAAAAUUGUCAGAGAAAUAUCAGGCAUGUAAUCUCUCACUCUGGAUACAAAUAUGAACAUAAAGAAUGCAGACAGAAGGUUUAUAAAUAUAAAAAAUGUGGGAAAGCAUUUAUCUCUCACAAAAGUGUUCAACAACACAUGGCAUCUCACAAUGUAAAUGGACCUUGUGAAUGUAAGGUAUGUUUGAAAAUCUUUGAUACUUCUAGUUCAUUUCAAGUACAUCAACAAACUCACCAAGCAAAAUCACUGUAUAAAUGCCAGCAAAAUGAGAAGUCCUUUGUUUGUUACAGUUCAGGUCAACUACAUGAGAAUAAUCAGAGUGUAAAAAAAUCUUAUGAAUGCAAACAAUGUGGAAAAACUUUCAAACAACUUGGGUACCUAAGGAUACAUGAAAAGACACAUGCUGAAGAAAAUCCCUAUCAGUGUAAACAAUGUGGUAAAUUUCUCAGUUGUCCUAGUGCUCUUAAAGUUCAUGAAGAAACUCACAGUGUAGGAAAACCCUAUGCAUGUAAACAGUGUGGAAAAGCCUUCAGACAGGCCAGUUACUUUCGAGAACAUGAGAGAACACACAGUGCCAAGAAUCCUUAUGAAUGUAAACAAUGUGGCAAAAGCCUGAGUUCUUCUAGUUAUCUUCGAGUGCAUGAAAGAAUUCACACUGAAGAAAAACUCUAUGCAUGCAAACAAUGUGGAAAAACCUUCAAACAUCUUAGUUCCGUUCGAAUGCAUGAAAAAACACAUAGUGAAGAAAACCCCUAUGAAUGUAAGCAAUGUGGUAAAAGUCUCAGUUCUCCUAGUGCUCUUAAAGUUCAUGAAGAAACUCACACUGAAGGAAAACCCUAUGCAUGUAAACAGUGUGGAAAAGCCUUCAGACGUGCCAGGUACUUUCGAGAACAUGAGAGAACACAUAGUGCUAAGAAUCCUUAUGAAUGUAAACAAUGUGGCAAAAGUCUGAGUUCUUCUAGUUAUCUUCGAGUGCAUGAAAGAAUUCAUACUGGAGAAAAACUCUAUGCAUGCAAACAAUGUGGAAAAACCUUCAAACAACUUAAAUAUAUUCGAAUACAUGAGAAAACACAUAUGGAAGAAAACCCCUAUGAAUGUAAGCAAUGUGGUAAAAGUCUCAGUUCUCCUAAUGCUCUUAAAGUUCAUGAAGAAACUCACAGUGUAGGAAAACCCUAUGCAUGUAAACAGUGUGGAAAAGCCUUCAGACGUGCCAGUUACUUUCGAGAACAUGAGAGAACACAUAGUGCUAGGAAUCCCUUUGAAUGUAAACAUUGUGGCAAAAGCCUGAGUUGUUCUAGUUAUCUUCGAGUGCAUGAAAGAAUUCAUACUGGAGAAAACCUCUAUGCAUGCAAACAAUGUGGAAAAGCUUUCUUGUGUCACAGCAGCCUCCAAAUACACGAAGGAGUUCAUAGUGGAAUACAAGCCUAUGAAUGUAAAUAUUGUGGAAAAAGCUUCAGAAGUCUUCGUUACUUUCGAAUACAUGAAGGGAUACAUAGUGGAGAAAAAUGCUAUGAAUGUAAGGAAUGUGGUAAAAAUUUCAGUUGUGCUGCCUCUCUUAAAGUGCAUCGAACAAUUCAUACUGGAGAAAAGCCCCAUGAAUGCAAACAAUGUGGUGAAUCCUUCCAAUAUCUCCGCUGCCUUCGAGUACACGAACAUGCUCAUGCUAAAAUAUGUUCCUAUCGAUGUAAACGGUGUGGGAAGACCUACAAAUAUCUCAGCUGCCUUCGAGCUCAUGAGAGAACUCAUACUGAACGAAACCCCUGCAAAUGCAAAUAUUGUGGUAAAACUCUGAGUUGUUCUAGCUACCUUAGAAUACAUGAAAGAACUCAUACUGGAGAAAUGUAUAAAUGUAAAUAGUGUGAUAGAGUUCUUAGUAUUUCUCUGUCUCUUUGAAAACAUGAAAGAAUCCAUACUGGAGAGAACGCUACAAAUAUAAAUGGUCUUGGAGGAGCUUCAGAAAUUUCACCUCCCUUCAAGUCCAUGAAAGCUCAUAGUGGAGCCAAACCCCAUGAAUGUAAACAGUGUGAAAAAUUCUUCAGAGAUCACAGAUGCCUUGAGUACAUGAGAGAACACAUGAUAAGGAAGUCCUUAUGAAUGCAAACAGUGUGGUAAGGCUUUGAGUUCUAAAUUUCCAUAAACAAAUACUGGAGAAAAACCCUGUGAAUAUGAAAGUGGUAAGAUGCUGA